AUGUUUCUUGUACUUAAUGAACUCAAGAAUGUUGGUGAAGACAGACUCGCAAACUUCAACGCUUUGAAAUCAAUUAUUACGGAUAAUGAGAUUAGAAUUAAUGAAAAGAAUCAACCCAGAAGAACUGCUCAGAAUGUUGCCAAUUUCAUUUUCGUAACUAACAAUGUUUACCCUGUCAAAAUUGAAGUUGGAGACAGAAGAUACGUAGUUUUAAGGGUUAAUGGUAAAUUUAAGGGUCAAUUUGAUUAUUUCAAGAAUUUGAUGAAUUCAUGCACAAAGGAAUUUUAUGAUAAUUUACUGACGUAUUUUAUGCAUUACGACCUUUCAUCAUUUAAUGUACGAAUCAUACCAAUGACUGAAGCCAAACAAGAUUUAAUUGAAUUAUCAACAAAUCCUUUAGAUGUAUGGAUAAAUACACAUUAUGAUGAAUUGUGUGCAGGUAUGACGUGUAAAAAUGCUCUAUUCUGCAAACCAUCAGACAUGAAAGACAAGAAUUUCCAAAUGAGUAUUAAGGAUAAAUGUGAUAAGAAACAGAGAAGAAUAGAUGGUAAACAAACAUGGUGUUAUGUUUUGAAAGAAGAAAUGAAAGGAUUAUUUAAACAGGUUGAACCAAACGAUGAUGAGGAUUCAUUUACUGACGAUGAAAUACCUGUAAAUGAAGCUUUAUAA